CAGGUUACUUCAGGUGACUGACGGCUAAGGAAAAAAAAUGAAAAUAUUUUUUGUGUUCAUCGUGGUGAUUCUGCCACAUUUUGUGGUCGGCAUUGAUAGAUUCAUCGAAAAAUACACCUUUGCAAAGGCGAUGUCACAGUGCUUUGGGAGCCACGCCUACCUCAGGUACAGGGCUAGAAUCAAGGAGGCCCAGAGGGCUUGUCGUGGGCGUAGAUUAGGCGCCAUAAAUGGGGAUUUUGUUUUGAAGCCGAUGUUAUCCGCCACCGCCCCGCCUCUCAUAGACUCCCUGGAACUGGUUAGCGACGACGGACCUCCGUCCAGUUCUCCUGGAACUCGAGUGGCUGCCCUCAAGUCAGAUUCUCAAGGUCUUCAGGGAGAGGAGUUCAAAGGCUCGUUCGUUCGUGAGAUGUUAUUUACGGCGACAGAUGAAGUCAUGAGACUAAGACAGAGACAACAACAAUCCCCUAAACUUAAUAUCUUCAGUGGUGUGGAUCUGGCGUCGGCUACCACGAAAUUGAGAGAGUCAAUUUACGACUUCGCUUGCGUCUUGCAGAGAAUGGAGAUGAUUGACGAAUUUUUCAACGUGAACUACCUCACAGUCCUCAACACUUUUAUCGACAACAACGAGAUCGACUAUCGACUAGCGGACGAUUUGAGAGACGGCAUCAAUCAGUGUCGAGAGGCCGAGAAGUGCCUCCCCGAGGACGGCUCCGUGAUGCCCCAGGACAUCCGUCGACUCAUGAAGUUCAUAGCCUGCGAGAGAAGGACUCGGCUGGAGGCCUGCUUCAGGCACGACCUGAGGCAGAACCUGCACCGAUACGACCUUGAGGCCCUCCCGAACGCGAAGGGCAAGAGGACCAACUACCUUGUGAAGGUCAUGGCCGUCGUCAUGGGCACGGACUUCCUGAAGGGGCUGGAUUUCGUUUGACAGUAGCAGAAGGAAUUGCGAAGGAUAUUUUCGACGUCUUUCUGGCAUCCAAGGAUGGGAUGCACGUUAGGGGUCCUUUGUGUAGGACUUCGUAGGAGUUCUUCGAGUGCAGAUAGUUCAAAGGCCUGUUUGAUGGGGAAACGAGCGUUGGUCUAAAAACAAAUAUACGUAUUUUACCUAAAGACAUAUGGCUGUUAGAUAGUUCUUAAUCCAUGGUUAGAUUUUCCAUUGUGGUUUCUUGUAAAUGGAAAUGACAGAUGCCAUGGAGAAAAGUAAUUGAAUAUUAAUAAAUAAAUAAAAAAAAAUUCAUGUACAUAUAUUCAUAAGGAUUUUUUAAAUAGUAGGAAAUAUCCCUAAGGGUGCAUCCACAAUGCAGUAGAACAUGUCGGCAACUUGACGCAGACAUAUCACAGACAAGAUGAAUACAAGUCAUCAAACAGGUUUAAUACGAGUCAGUGACUUAUCAUGGCCCCAUCCAUUGAUUCUAAUUAUAUCCAGCAUUUAGCAAAGAUUCGUUCUCCAUUCACAGUCGAGGAGUCGGUUUCAGCCUGUUUGCGAAAUGUAUGCGACAGGUUGACGACUUAAGGCAUGUUUUAGCUUCAUGUGGACGUACCCUGAAAAUAGUUCACAACCCACAAUAGUUAUUCGUUCCAGAAUUUUCAGUAAUCUUUUCUUUAUUUCAAUUUUUGUCAAUUAAAAGUGCCCAGAGGGGUUAUGAGACAGUAAAACUCAUAAUUUUCUUUAAUCUUUUCCCUGUUUCAAUUUUUGUUAAUUAAAGUGCCUAGAAAUGUUUUGAGAAUAUAAAACUCAUAAAAUCUUUAAAAAAAAUAAACUCCAAAAUUCACACUUGCCUGACAAUACAAGGCUUAUUAGCCAAAUACCUUGCAAGGUUUAAAAAUGAUGGUUCAAGCUGAUGACUAGUCGUGUAAGGUACAAAUUUUCUUUAGGAUUUCUUUUUUGCUUUUGUUUCUUUUUUUUUUUUUUU